AUGUGGAUUUUAAUUCUCCUUGCCGGUCUGGAACUUUGUUGGGCUCAGUAUAACCCAAAUACGUUGCCUGGAAGGACAUCUAUUGUUCACCUCUUUGAAUGGCGUUGGAAUGACAUUGCUCUUGAAUGCGAACGUUACUUAGCACCUAAUGGAUUCGGUGGUGUUCAGAUCUCUCCUCCAAAUGAAAACCUUGUCAUUACAACACCAUGGAGACCAUGGUGGGAAAGAUACCAGCCCAUCAGCUACAAGCUGUGUACACGAUCUGGAAGUGAGUCCGAAUUUAAAGACAUGGUGAACAGAUGUAACAAUGUUGGAGUAUACAUUUAUGUGGAUGCCGUUGUCAACCAUAUGUGUGGAGCUGCUGCUGGAUCUGGCCACGAUUCUACAUGUGGAAGCUACUUUGAUUCAAAUAAGAGAGAUUUUCCUGCUGUACCAUACUCUGGAUGGGAUUUCAAUGACGGGAAAUGCAGCACAGCCAGUGGAGAGAUAGAAAAUUACAAUGAUCUGAACCAGGUUCGGGACUGUCGCCUUGUUAGUCUUCUUGAUCUUGCACUAGAGAAGGACUACGUGCGUUCCAAAGUUGCAGAAUAUAUGAAUCACCUAAUCGACAUUGGUGUAGCAGGAUUUCGCAUCGAUGCUUCCAAGCACAUGUGGCCUGGGGAUAUGAAAGCCUUUUUAGACAAACUAAAAAAUCUCAACGCGGAGUGGUUUGCUGAAGGGACAAGGCCAUUCAUCUUCCAAGAGGUGAUUGAUCUAGGUGGGGAGCCCAUUACAUCCAGUGAGUACUUUGGAAACGGCCGAGUAACUGAGUUCAAAUAUGGUGCCAAACUAGGGACAGUCAUUCGCAAGUGGAGUGGAGAAAAGAUGACUUAUUUGAAGAACUGGGGUGAAGGCUGGAGUUUUAUGCCUUCUGAUAAAGCUGUUGUCUUUGUAGACAAUCAUGAUAACCAGAGAGGGCAUGGAGCUGGUGGAGCUGCUAUUUUGACCUUCUGGGAUUCCAGGCUCUAUAAAAUGGGAGUUGGCUUCAUGCUUGCGCAUCCAUAUGGCUUUACAAGGGUCAUGUCAAGUUUCAGCUGGCCAAGACAUUUUGAAAAUGGAAAGGAUAUUAAUGACUGGGUUGGUCCUCCAAGUUAUGAAGAUGGGUCAGUUAAGCCUGUAACAAUUAAUCCAGAUACAACCUGUGGCAAUGGCUGGAUCUGUGAACAUCGGUGGCGUCAAAUAAGGAAUAUGGUUAUUUUCCGCAAUGUUGUGGAUGGGCAGCCAUUCACCAAUUGGUGGGACAAUAAUAGCAAUCAAGUGGCAUUUGGUCGUGGCAACCAAGGAUUUAUUGUCUUCAAUAAUGAUGACUGGAACCUGACUGCCACUUUGCAGACCGGCCUUCCUGAAGGAAUUUACUGUGAUAUUAUAUCUGGACAGAGGGAGGGUAAUAACUGUACCGGAAUUAAAAUCCAGGUCCACGGAGAUGGCACUGCUAAUUUUAACAUUAGCCAUUUUGCUGAGGAUCCAUUUGUUGCCAUUCACACCAAAGCUAAAUUAUAA